CGGCUCGUCCCGGCAACCGAUCCUCGCGCACUCGGUUGCAGAACGCCGAUCGCGUAGUCUCUUUCAACUCAACCGAUUUGUUGUUUUCCUUCCCCACGAACAUUAUUUGUUUAUAACGGUGUGCCAAACCCCCGAAACGCGAACAAAAUCAAACAAUUUUGCUGGCAAACACCCGCGUGUUCAGUGCUGCUAACGGCAACAGUGUUGUUGGGUGCAAAGUGUGCUAAGUGUGUUGUUUAGUGCCAAGUGGAUAUAUUUUUGUUAUUUGCCAUAGAAGUUGCUUCAACGGUGAAUUUAUAGAGCUGGCAAAUAUUACUAUAAAGGGUUGUCAAAAUUUAGGAUGUGCCAGUGUUGGUUAAGUUGGCGGCUCGCGGCGGCUGUGCGGCAGCAGCUCGACGGCGGCCGUCAGCGAUGCCAGCUGUGCAGCGGCUGUGCUAGCACAAUGGCAUGGCGGGCCCAAUGAGAUCCUCCGCGCACGUAACCACUCAGGAAGCGCCACCGGGCCACCGACCGAGGGUGGCGGACCAACAGCACCAGUCUGCUCACCAAGCCGCCAACAGCGACCCCGCAGCAGCAAGCCGCCGUAGCCCGCCGCAAGCAGCCACCCACCACCACAGCCACCAUCAUCAUAGCCACCAUCACCACCACAAUCAUCAUUCCUCGUCGUCUUCGCAUCAUCAGGUAGCCGCCUCCACGGGGAACAGACUAACAGCGGCAGCCUCUUCCUCCUCCUCCUCCUCAUCUUCCUCCUCAUCUACUACUUCUUCAAGUACGUCCUCUGCUGCCAGCCGGCAAAAGAAUUGCCACGACAUUAAAGACCACCAGCUGUCCUCCUCAUCGAGCAACAGCAGCAACUCGAACAGCUCGACGUCGUCGUCUUCGGUAGCGCCGAGCAGCCAAGCGCCAACGACCACCGUGCCUGGACCCACUUCCAGUUCGAAUUUUGAGUACGAUGACAACGAAUGGGACAUCGGUAUCGGCGAUCUGAUAAUCGACUUGGAUGCCGACAUAGAAAAGACGAACGACAGCACGCAGCAGCAGCGACAGCAAGAGACAGCCGCCACAGCGGCGCAAAUGGCGGCGAACGCGGGCGGCGCGCAGGCUUCUAAGGCGGCCGCCUCGGCCAAAAUGCACAUUGAGCACUCGGCGACAGCUGACAAAGGCCUCAAGAUGAAAAUUAAGCGCACGAAACCGGGCACGAAAACUUCGGAAGCCAAACACGAGAUUGUCAAGAGCAACGAACAGAACGGCAACAGCGCCGCAGAUCAGACGGAAGGCGCAAUCGGCGGCGGUAAAAACGCCGCGACGGGCGGCGGCAAGCACGGCGCCCCCAACGUGGUGGCGCCUUUGCCCGCCUCACAAAAUUCCUCUUCGAACAGCAAGAGGGGGUCCAGCGGACACAGGAGGGAUAAAGCGAGGGACAAGCAUUCGUCGUCUUCCACAAACAGUACAGGCGGCGAACAAAAGAGCAGCCAGCAGACGCCGAAAGGUGGCGGCGGCGGGGGUGGUACGACCGCCCCCUACCAAAACCAACAGACAAACAAUAGUGCAGUGACGGUGAACGUGUCGGAAAUGAACGGUUUGGUGCGCGUGGCGGCGGGUCAAGUGCCGCCGCCGCGCAGCGUGUUUCCCGCGAGCACGGGACCGGGCCCGCCGACGGCGCAAAGUGCCGCCGUCGCGCCCGCGGCCGCCGCCAACUCGCAGGUUGGCGGCGCGGUGACGGUGAAAAAUGAACCGCAGACUAGCAAAGUGAAUCAGGGUAGUUCGGGUGGUGGUGCCGCCGCAUCGUCGCCCGCCUCCGGUGGCGGUCAACACACUUCUUCGUCGGACGACGGCAGUUCGUCGCCGCCUCCCGCCAAAAAAAUCAAAACAGAACUUAAGGACACCGCCGACGUGUGUGUAGGAACUAGUGUCGGGACUAUCACAGAGCCAGAAUGUCUAGGGCCGUGCGAACCAGGAACCAGCGUUACUCUGGAAGGGAUAGUCUGGCACGAGACAGAAGGAGGAGUUCUAGUCGUGAACGUGACGUGGAGGGGCAAAACCUACGUGGGAACUUUACUGGACUGCACGAAACACGACUGGGCCCCACCUAGGUUUUGCGACUCACCGACCAGCGACCUGGACAACAGAACCCCGAAGGGUAGAGGUAAGAGAGGGCGUUCAGCUAGCAACCUAACAGCACCUAGCACUGACCUAAGCAACUUCACAGAAACCCGCUCAUCAGUGCACAGCAAGCUGAGAAACGGCGGCGCGGCCGGCACCCCCGCGGCCACCGGCGGCGCCAAAGGACGACGCAACGGCGGAACCGGACAGAACACUGCCCCGUCCAGCCCGGCGCCUUUCAUACCUCCACGACCGGACAACAAGCGGAAGAGCAGAGUCGGCGAGGAGGACGUUCAGUCGAGUCCGACGCCCGGCGGGAAAAAGACCAAGGUCACCAUCCCUCCGCCACUUCCGAUCCCCGUCAUCCCACCGAAUCCCGCUCCCUGCGGCAGCCCGCCCCCGAGUCCGGUGCUCCUCGAGUGCCCAGAACCGAACUGCUCCAAGAAGUACAAGCAUAUCAACGGUUUGAAAUACCACCAGUCGCACGCGCACGGUUCGACUGCUGAAGACGAGGACGCCAAAGACGUCACCUCGAUGUCCGAAAACGACGAGAGCAACAUCGAGGCCCCGUCGCCCGCCACCCCCGUUAAAUCGCCGGAAAAAGCCGAAAGCUCUCCCGUGACUCCCAUAAAGAAAGAGGCCACUCCAUUGUUGGAGGUUCCGAGCAGGCCUACGACGCCGAGGAGCGCUCCCCCUUCCCCCGCAACUCCCCAAAGCGUACCGGACGUUGGUCGGACUGCUGCAGGCUCGCCAACCGUGGUCGUGCCCCCCGUGGAAUCCUCCAAAAAUAACGUUGUCAAGCCCGGAGUGCUCAGAUACGCAGAAGAUUAUCAGGGGAUCUUUCCUGCCGGAAACAAACCCCAAAUACCUGGCUCGCCUAUAACCAAUUCGGGUUCGAUAUCGGCGGUUAUCCGCUCCGCCGCCAAUCCGCCUCUACCUCUACCUACAGAAUCACAGACUGAAAACAACUCAGGUGGUGCGGCCCCCGUUCCUCAGCAGCCGGUGGCGGCAUCGCCGCAGCAGCAACCUCUGCCCCCUCAACCGCCGCCGUCGUUUUCCAAUCCACCGCCACAGCAAGGGUUCAGCCAACCCCCUUCGAGCCUCAUCAUCCCCUCUCAGAUCCCUCAGAAUCCGCCGCAAUCGCCGCAGAGUCCCAAGCAACAGUUCAAAGUUAAGCCGGCAGCUGCUUUGAUGCCCGAAGACAAAAGCAAAUUGCAACCGUUGAACGUAAUAAACGGAAGUCCGAAUGUGCCCGGUGGCGGUAAAGUGCAGAGCUUUAAGAAGAAGAAUCGCAGCAAAUCGCCUCUAACCACAUCAGAGCAACCCGUUUUUGGUGUGGAUCCUCAACAACCCGCAGGAGGGCGCGAUGAAGUUCAAAGCCCCGCCUACUCGGAUAUAUCCGACGACGGUGCUCCGGUCAUCGAAACCGUUGAGGACAAGGCGAAGAACCCCGCGGACAAAAAGGAACCCCACAUACCGAACUACGGUAUGUACCAGUUCUACGGCCAGCCGCACCAGUACCUCAAGGAGCAAGACAAACAACAACAACAACAACAAGGUGAGAAAGACAAUAAAGCAAUUGCUGGAGGGGAUAUUAACAAUAAAGACAAAGUAGACUAUCCCCAACAACAACAACAACAGCAGCAAAAAGUUCUGCCGCCACAUUAUUAUCAAUACGGUUACAUGGCAGGGUACCCCUCGUACAUGGAGCCUCAAUACGGCGGCCAAGGGGAGCAAGAUAUCAAGGAGGAGCGGGUAAAAGAGUCGCCCAGUCCGAUCGAGCACAUCAAACAGCCGGCCCCCAUCGCCAACGUGAUACAAGUACCGACGCCCGGUAAAGUCAAGGAGGUUUCCGUUAAAAACGAGAAUCAUCAGAUUCUGAAGGAGAGCAUCGAUCUAAAAAACCAGAUGAACCCGUAUUUGUACUCGCGGCAGCAACAGCAGCAGCAGCAGCAGCAACAGCAGAGGGAGGAGGAUGUACGGAGGUUUUACGUGUACGAUCAGAGGCGAAAAGAGGAACCUCAACAGCAUAAGAGUAGUAAUAAGGUAAUAACGCAAUCGCCUAGUGUGAAGCUAAAAGAGCCCAAACUGGAAGACAAGAAAGAAAAGGAGGUGAAACAGGAGGGCGUGAAACCCACGAUGGAAACUCAAGGGCCCCCACCGCCCCCUACUUCUCAGUACGCAUACAUCCACCCGGGGUACAUGCAAUCCCCCCAUUACGGAGCGCUACCUUUCGACCCCAAUAUGUACCGAGGUAUAAUGGUACCGGGGCAUUACGGCAACACGCCGUAUUUGCACCCGCACCCGCAAAUGCCGCGGUACCACGCCCCUGAGGAUUUGUCUCGGGGUCCGGGCGGUCCGGGCGCCAAAGCCCUGGACAUGCUGCAACACCAUGCGGCGGCGGCGCAGUACUACACCUCGCACAAGAUCCACGAGUUGCAGGAGCGCGCAAUAAAAUCCCCGACUCCCAGCGGCAAAGCCUCGGCUGCCGGCGCUUCGAGUCCAGCCGCUUUGCCGCCGACGGGGGGCGGGCUGCAGGGCAGCAGGGAGCAGCAGCCGCCGCCGCCGACAUCGCAGCAGCAGAAUUCUCAGAAUCCUCGGGAGCAGCAGCAAACGCAGGGUGGCGGCGGCGGCGGCAAGCAGACCGCCAAUCCCGGUGACGGGAAGGAGGCGAGGAGCCCGCCUCCGCAGAGGCACGUGCACACGCAUCACCACACGCACGUGGGCCUCGGGUAUCCCAUGUACCCCGCACCAUAUGGAGCUGCAGUGCUAGCGAGUCAACAGGCCGCAGCAGUGACGGUGAUAAAUCCGUACCCAACGAAAUGAGGUGGGGUUCGGGGCCCCAAAAACACCCCCCGAAAAAAGUUAAGUGACAGUGAUUUUUUGAACAGUGACUUAUGCAUUCCAUAGAUAAUGUAUUGGUACUAAUAACUAGUGUGCACAGCUAAAUUAAAAAAAUAUAUAUAAAGAAAAACUGUUUUAUUAAUAAUUAGACCACAGCUGAUUACGCAAGCGCAGGAAAGUGUACAUUUUAUUAUUAUUAUUAUUAUUGUUUCCCGUUCUUGAUUGUAUAUAGUGUUUAAAAGUAACAAAAAAAUUAAUAGUUAAUUAUGUGGUAGACUGAUAUAUUGACCUAUUCUGUGUAGGUAAACUGUGUAUUUUUUGACUAUUUUCUCCUUUUUUGUUUAUUAAGAUUUAUUAUAUGGAGUCAGGUUUUCUGUGCACCCAAACCAAGCAUUGUUUUUGUCGUUUUUUGUACAUAUUAUUACUAUCUAAAACCGCCUUUAUAUUUCUUAGUGUUAACACAAAUACUUAAAAAGUAUUUAUAUCUGCUCUCGUUUAUAUUAAUUAAAUAAUUUAAAAAAAAAAUGAGUUUUAUUUUAACCCAUUGUGCAAUACUAUCUUGCAACGUUUAAUCUUCCUCUAGUCUACAUAUACAAAAUAAACUUAAUCAAAACUUUCUUAUACCAAACAAUUAUUUGGUUAUUUUAAGGGUGUCAGAAAACCAAAACUGUGUAUAAAAAAUCGCCAAUUUUAGAUAUAACUUUUUAUUUUUACAUUAAAAAUGCUUCAUUCCAGUUUUAGUGGGAUGGUGUUUGUAUUUAAAAAAAAUAUUUCUAUUUACUUAAACGAAUUUCAGUCUGUACAUGUGUAGUUUUCUGUAAAUAUAUAAAAUCUAUGAUUUGUUCUCUAAAUAUGGUGUUUUGCAACUCUUUAAUGGUGGUAUUCUGCAAUUUUAAACAUAAAUUUGAUUUACAUUAACCAAAACUUUAAAUAAAACAAUGGAAUGGAAUAAACGAAUUAAAAUACCGAUUCAAUAAAAAGAUUUUUAAUUUCAUAAAAUAACAUUUUAAGUUGUGAAACACCUUGUAAAUCUAUAGAGAUAUAGAAAAUUUGUUUUUGUCGAUUUUUAUAUUUUUUAAUAUCUACGUACAUACAUAGUUAUGUCAUAUCCAAUAGAUCGACUAUUUAAACAAUAGUUUUUUGUGAUAACAUUUAAAAAUCUAUUAUUAUUAUUAUUAUUAUUAAUUUUUAAGUAUCAUGACAAUGUUUCAAAUCGCUUGAAAAAUUAUUUUGUUGAUAAUUAUUAAAUAAUUGGUAUGUUUAUUAGAAUAU